AUGGUUGGAUACACAACGUUAUGGUCACGACUGUCCUCGCGACAGUUGAACGUCGCCAUUCAGGCAUUCUCGCUGGUUUCAAUUUUCUUCGAGGGCUAUGACCAAGGGGUCAUGGGUGGUGUCAACGCUGCCCCAGACUAUGUUACUCAAGUCGGCAUCGGUCGUUCAGAUGGGACCGUCACCAGCACCAUUCAUCAAGGCGGCAUCGUUAGCGUAUAUUACCUGGGCGCCAUCUUCGGUUGCUUCGCCGGCGGCUGGCUUGCCGAUCACAUCGGCCGCAUCAACGGCUUGUUGAUAGGGUUUUUGUUUGCCAUGGGUGGAGGUGCAUUUCAAGCUGCCGCGCAAAACUCCAAUUUCUUUAUCUGUGCCAGAGUCUUCACGGGCAUUGGCACUGGAGCAUUGACUGGAAUAACGCCCGUGCUUGUUUCUGAGACAAGCUCUGCGCAGCACCGAGGUGGAUCCUCGAGCUAUGUCUUCAUUGCUAAUUACCUAGGAAUUUCAGUAGCCUAUUGGCUUUCUUUUGGACUUGCUUUCGUUGGCAACGGAUACUCGGUGAUUCGAUGGCGAUUUCUCCUUGCUUUUCAGUGUAUCCCGGCACUCUUUCUAGCCCUGUUUAUCAGAAUGCUUCCGGACAGCCCUCGCUAUCUCGCCUCUGUAGGAAGGAAUGAUGAGGCGCGACGCCUGUUGGUUCGUCUUCGCGGGUCCCAAGAGGAUGUUGGGCGGGAAUAUCUCGAGAUAGUCACUCUCGCCCAAGAAAGCCAGCCAAGCUCCCCGGUGCAAUUCGCCCAAAUUCUCUUGGGCUACGGCGGGCGCCCUGGGACUCACCUCGCCCGCCGUGUAUGGCUUUGCGUAUGGCUUCAGAUCAUGGCGUCCUGGACCGGUAUUACUGCAGUCACGGCGUACUCGCCUGUUCUAUUGAAGCAGGCUGGAUACAGCAGCAUUAAACAGAAUGGGCUCGCUGGGGGAAUUAACACGAUUGGUAUUAUCGGGACCAUCGUCAGCGCUCAGAUCGUGGACCGCCUUGGCUGUCGUGCCUGCCUCAUAGGGGGCGCUGGCUUCCUCUUCGCAGUCAAUCUCAUCGCGGGAUCAGUCUACGAGGAAUCACUCCAUAGUCCUGAAAGAGCUGCUCAGUAUGCCCCCGGGGCGGUUACUAUGCUUUUCCUCUUCAACCUAGGAUAUGCGGCCACCUGGGGAACGGUCGCCUUUCUGAUACCCACGGAAAUAUUUCCCAGUGAUCUAAGAGCACAAGGAAAUGGGUUUGGAAUUACUGGUUGGGCACUCGGUGUUGGAAUGACAACCCUGGUCAACCCGAUCAUGUUCGCCAGCUUGAAGGUGAUCGCUUUCCAUUCUUCGUAUCAGCAGAUACUGACACCAAACGUGGCGCCGUACUUACUUCCUUUUUGCCGGUCUCAACUUGCUCUGGGUUCCUCUGUCUAUCCAGAGACCCGCAACCGCUCGCUAGAAUCAAUUGAUGCGUUGUUCUCCGGUUCCAGUCCGUUCAAUUGGGACAUGGAGCAGGCUUACAGACUCCACGGAGAUGUUCUUGCCGAGCGUAAAAUUGUGGAAACUCCCAGUACACUUCCUGCAAAGCCAGAAUUCGACCGCAUUGACGAAUAG